GGCUCUUGGAAGGCCUGCCCGGCCUUGUCGUCUAUCCAUCGUCAACGUUUUUAUAACCGGUCUACGUCGCCACUCCUUUCACAUUUGUCUUUGCCUGGCUCUUUAAAUACAGAACUUCAACUUACGCACCCUUCAACUGCUCAUGAACGUGUUAGUGAGGCUCUCACUUCACCGAUAUACAUACAACCGACACCGGUACAACAUCGUCAACGCAACAUAGGAGACAACUUCCUGGAGUGGAUCACUUCCCCUCCCAGUUCACCACGUCUCCUACGAUAUUACAUCACAAACAAUUGUGAAUAUCUUCAAAAAAAAAAAAGUACUGCCAUCAGCAACGCCGCUCCUGGGUUUUGACCUCAGCCGCAUUUAGCAUUUACCCAACGGAAAUAUACAGCACCAUUUUUGCCAACCAACCAUGGUUCAAUUAUUGGCUGAUCCCGCAUUCUCGCCCGCUGGAACACCAACACACGAGGGCACUAAUGGGCCUCUUAUGAAGCGUCCUGGCCUUGGCAGGACUGACUCUUCAACGCCAAUGACCAGGGAAGAACAUGCCAAACGAAUGCAGGAGCUCAACAAGAAGAGAGGAUUGAUGAGGGCACCCAGAAGAGGUUGGUCAAUGACUGACUACCAAGGCGACCAUGUUGCCGGGUCGCACUCAGGUGCUUCUCACAUUGAGCGACAAGCACCCAUUCCCGAAAAUGAGUCGCCUCCUCCAUCCACACCUUACCAGCACCCAACUCCCGAAGUACCAUCCGAGGAUAAAGCGGCCCAGCUUCCUCAUCGGCCGAAGUUGCCUCCUCCUCGUCGCUCAUACUCUGUAAUGGAUUAUGAACCAGUUCCUCAGACACAACCACAGCCCCCCAAGGAUCACACACUGCUAGAUCUUCCUUCUGAGCUUCAUUACACCAUAUUCGAUCACCUUGAUCCCAUUGACAGCGUUUGCUUCGGCCUCACAAACUCCAACUUCUACGAAAUUCACCGACGACUUCACGGCACAGUUCCUCUUUCCAGCCGCUACUCUGGACCAAACGACAUGGAGUGGGCUUGGCGAGGAGCUGGCCCCCUUGUCCAUCGACAUGAGCGAAACCCUGAAAAGGAGGAUCCUAUGGGGCAGAUGCGUGUCAAGGGCCAGGUGUACUGCAGAAAGUGUGGCAUUUCGCGAUGUGAGCUGCAUCGUCACCUCAAAGACUGGAUGGGUGACGGUUAUGAGUACUGCUCCAUCAAGGAGAUUUUUGGCAAGCCCGCAGGAGAGGAUGCAAAGCCAUACUGCUACAUGAAGAAAGCAGGGUACAUCGUAAUGAACCUAGACGACAGCAAAUUAAGAUAA